AUGUAUGUGUUUUCACUUCUUCUUUUUUCUUCUCUCUUUUUUGGUUCUUGGAGCGCAAUGAGCACGGCGUCUUCGGCCACCGCAACUAAUGGCGUUGGCAUUCACUUUGACAAUGACACCGCUGCUGUUGCUGCUGUUGGUGGUGGUGUUCCUGGUGGUAGGGGAGGUGGUAGCAGCAGCUUCACUGCAUACCACUUUGCAUCUUUUGCCGCGAUGGAGGUGACAGUGAUAAUCGUACCGCGUUUUACGAUGCCACGCGUGUCGACGGCGUUUGGAGGGCGUUAUGGUCCUUUCGCACCGAAUUAUCCCGUUGAAUUGCCACUUUGGCUCGCGUUGCACAUACGCCAAACGGAUACAUGCACGAUCAAUCCGCCACCCUUCAUGACGAUACCGUACCUCCGCAAUGUGGUCGAGAAGGAGAAGGAGAAUGAGGCAACCUUUGAGGCACUGCCGUUCUAUUUCUUUGAGGUGGUGAAGAAACUCUGCGAGAACAGCGCUGCCGCGGAGGAUGUACCGCAUGUGGCCGAAGUUAUUCGCCUUGUGGGGGAAAUCAAGGCGAUACGGAGGCAGAAAUUACAGAGGAGCAUGGCUGUGUUUGAGGCUGAGGGCUCCCCUGUGUACAUCCCUGGCAUCAAACUCACCAACAUUGUGAAUAAUGAACUGGAGUAUCUUCGCAGAUCCUUUUCGAAGGUCCUCCAGCAGGCGGCGGAGAUGAAGCGACGCAGGGAGCAACUUAUUGGCGGGGCGGUAGAAGGCAUGACACCACUUCGACCAAGCCGUGGGGCACCUUCAACCCCGGCAUUCUCCUCUGCCGCAGUGGACGCACGCAUGUCAACGCACAGUGGCAUCGACGGGAGUUUCAUCACCAGCACCGCGGAGGACACGAUAGCCCCCACAGCGACGUUGCACGGUGCCGAGCAGCAGUCUGUGUCUAGCCAGGGCCCGACCACAACGGCCUCCUCGGCGAUGGAACCCACAGAAACGUUGACCACCGCCACGGAAAGCAUCGCGUCCCCACCUGUGAAGAAGAGACGGACGCUGCGGCAGACAUAA